AUGAAUUACUCCCCUCUCUCCUCUUCUUCAAACUCACCAUCUUCUCCAAUAUUUCCUUCCAGCAUUCCAUCGAUUGAAUUUCUUUCAUCACCGACCAACACUUCACCCAUAGAUUCUUUUUCUAACUUUGAAAGCUUUACAUGGCCAAAUCAAGAGGUUCAGAAUGAACAUCAUCUUCAAGUCCCUUCGUCCUCCUCUGAGACUCUGAAACCAUCUCAGGAAGAACCUGUAGAGUCAUUACUUUGGCUUCAAAACACCUAUUUCUUAACAAAACUUUUUGAAAAAUCCAAUGCAUUGGUCAAGAAAAGAAAACACACACACUUCUCACGUCUCGUUACCUAUCUUCGAAACAAGGAUUUUAAAUACUCCUCUCUGGAUGUUGAUCUCUUUACUGCUCCCAAUGAUCCUUUAAGUGAAAAACUCGAAAAAGCAACACAGGCCAUCUAUUUGCUCUCUGUUCAUUUUGAAUUCCCACAACACGUCGAAUACAUUCGAUUUAGUUUGAAAUCAAUAAUGGAUGCAGUUCCAAUGCUACAACAUCUUCCAAGAGGCAAAUCCAUAUGGGUGAAAAUUAAGAAUCAAUUCUACUACACCACCUGUGAUGCUAAGGAGGAUCGUUUUCCAAAAUGUGACAAUAUUAUUGAAUUGAAUCAAGAUGAUACUAUAUCAAGCAAAAAAUUGGAUAAUUUGAAUGGUCUUAAAGCUGUGUCACCCACUGGAGCUGUAUUGGAGUUUUCUUUGGAAAAGUUUCAAUUCUAUCAUCCGAAUACGAGCUUACCAUGUGAUCGUCUUCAUUCAAGAAUUGAGCUGGUUUGUGAGAGACGGAAUAAACCAAACACCAAGAAAAAAAUUGAUGUAUGGAGUGAAAGGACUGACACUUCAUUUUCAAUCUUGAAUCAAUAA